AUGUUAGCAAGAUCAUUAUUACAAAGAUGUUCGAAAACUCCAAUUCAACAAUUAACAUCAUCAAUCUUUAAACAAUCUCAAAUUAGAACUUUUCAACAAUCAUCAAAAUUAAUGAGUGGAGGUGAAGGUGAUGUUAUGUCUCAAAUUUAUGGUGUACCAAAAGAAGGUGUUUAUUCAAAUUUACCAUUCCAAGUUAAAAAUAGAAAAUUUAUUCCAUUUCAAGUUUGGUAUUGGGGUGUUUUAGGAUUCUUUUUUGCUUUCCCAUUUUUAAGUACAGCUUGGCAAAUGUAUAAAUCUGGUGCUUUUAAUCCUCCACCUGAAUAG